AUGGUAAGUAGUGAUCAAGAGGAUGAAAACGCGUUUCUUAUGGAGGAUCUUACUUCAGGGCCUAAUUCAAAUGAAAGUAAAGCCCCAAAAGUUGAAGGAGUGGUAGUACAGGGGAAAGAAAUUGAUAAUGAUACGAAUUUCCAUGAACAGGAUAACUUUAUUAAUUAUGAUGAGGAUGAAUAUGAGGAUGAAGAAAUUGAUGAUUAUUUGGAUUUUACUCCUGUGCAUCAUCAUCAAAGAACAAGAAACCAUCAAAAUUAUAUUCGUCGUAUAUUCGGUCGGACCUUUCAUUUGUUUAGGAGGUGGAAUAUUCUUAGACUUUCUUCUUUUACCAUAAGAAGACUAUUCAGUAAAAGGAACUUAAUUGUCUUAUUACUAUGUUCCACAUUAGUGACUAUUAUUUUCCCCUUUAGAGGUGAAAAUUCUAUUGUAUCUACCAGCUAUUACAAUUAUGUGUCACCUUUUUUCCAAUUAGAUGAAGUUGCCUUUAAGAAAGAUAUGAAAGAAAUUAAUGUAAUAUCAUAUCUGAAUCACAAAUCCUUAAAUAAGUUUCCAACUAAUUCUAGGAUGAUUCUUGAUGAAUAUGAAGAUUUUGAUAUCACAGGGUUUGUAUCAAAUUUAGAUAUAAAUAAUUUGAUCGCCAAGAAAAAAGAAAAAUUAGAUUCUCAAGGAUAUUUGACUGAUAAUAAAAAGCAAGAUUCUAAAAAUAAAUUAAUGUCAGUUAAAGAAUUUGAAUUAAUGUUAACAAAUGAUUAUAAUUCUUUAGCCACAUGUGAAGAUUUAGAAUAUAAAUCUAGAAUAUAUUAUUCUAAGAAACAAAAAUUUAUUAAUGAUGAUUUAAUCAAUUUAAGAAGAGAAUUACUUAGAAAAGAUGAUGAACUUAGUAAAUUAAUUAAGGAUGAAGAAGAUAUUACAAAGACAUCAGAAGAAGAGGUUAUUAAGAAAAAAUGGUUUAAAUUUGGAUCUUCUAGUGUUUGGAUGGAAUCUGAACAAUGUUUCAUUACAGUGACUCGUGUAUUAUAUUCCAAAAAUGGUAAGAGAGAGGAACCAGAGGUUUCAUUCAUUAGAGCACAAGCCUUUGAUAGAGAUUGGAAUGAGAUUAAAAAUAAAAGAAUUCCAUUAUUAGAUUUGCGAUUACCUGAUGAUAUUACGGCAGACUUGAAAAAAAUUAAUCAAGAAUAUGGGCUAACUGAUUCAUGUGAAAAUAUUAUUGAUGAUCCUGUCACUUAUGAUAAGUGUUUAGUAGAGCAUACAAAGAAUUAUUUAAAGGAUUCUAAAAGAAGAGAUCAAUUAUUAGAAAGAUAUUUUGUUACAUAUCCAACCAUAUAUUCAGUACCUCAUAAACUUGGUGGACUUUUCAAAGGUCCUGAGGAUCCUAAAAUUAUUCUUAAGAGGACUUCCAGAUAUGAAGAGCCUAUAGUUAUAUUUAAUAUGCAUGAUGAUGAUGAAAAUAAAAGAAGAAUGUUCUCUUUAUCACCACAUCGUAGUUUUGAAAAAAUUGUUAAAUUUAAUAUUCAAGGACGUAAACAACAAACUUUGGAGAAAAAUUGGACACCAUUUUUCACUAAGGAUGAUCUUGUUUUUUCUACAUUAUCUCGUGGGUUUAUCCACUUCAUUUAUUCAUUUAGCCCCUUUGAAGUUGUUAAAUGUUCAUUAAAUGAUGGAUAUUGUGAAUUAGUAUUUGAAAAAAAGACAUUAGAAUUAACUGAUCAAAAUAAAUUUGAUGGUCAACGUGGUGGUACACAAUUCAUACCAUUACCUUCCAUAAUUCCUAAGGUUACUGGGAAGCAGAUAUGGGUUGGUAUCCCUAAAUUACAUAUAAAGAAAUGUGGAUGUAGUGAACGGUUUUAUAGACCAAUGUUAUCAUUAUUAGUGGAAAGUAAUGGUAUUUAUCAUCAAGAAUUGAUCGUUCCAUCGUUAGAUUUCAAUUUAGAUAUAUUGAAUUGGGGAAAUGAUGGUACUGAUUGUGAUAAAUUCAAUGUUAUGUCACCAAAUUCAAUUGCAUUUUGGGACGUUAUUGGACAAGAUCCCAAGACAAAGCAAUUUGAUGAUUAUAUGAUUUUAACUUUCAGUGAAGCUGAUUCUAAUUCCAAGAUUAUAACAAUUAAGGGAUUAUUGAAUUAUAUCUUGGGAAUGUAUUCUGUAAAGGAUAUUGACGAAGAUUUUAUUCCAUCACGUAAUUCUGAUCAAAUAUUGGGGAAAACAUUGAAUUGUCUUGUCAAUUAUGCCAAGGACAAAUGUAAGAGUUAUGGUAAUUUGCAUAAUAAUGAAGCCUAUGAAAUGAAGAAGAAGAAGGAAGAGGAAGAGAAGAGGAAGAAGGAAGAGGAAGCUAAGAAGAAGGAAGAGGAGGACAAGAGGAAGAAGGAGGAGGAGGACAAGAAGAAGAAAGAGCAAGAUGAUGAGAACAAGAUAGAGCCAGAUGAUAAGAACAAGGAAAAGCAAGAAGAGACAAAAGAGGAGGCUUAG